AUUGUUUAUUUUAUUCAAUUGUCAAUACAAUUGAGAGGCAAAGGAAAUUCAUUUGUCCAGUAAUUUGUUUGCGGAAGUAUAUUAAUUUAUUAUUUUAAUUUGUAAUGGAUAAUAUUGGUUUAAAUACAGACGAAACAAAACCUGAUUUGGAGUCAGGAAGAUCGAUAUGCCGGUGCUGUUUGACUACAGACAGACGGAUGUCGAAUGCGUCCAUAUACGAAGCUUUUUUCCAAGAUCUAGCUGGUGUUACUGUGUCAGAGUCUGACGGUCUACCGCAGUGGGUCUGCUACGUGUGCAGCAGGCUGCUGUACAAAGCAGUCCGCUUCAAGCACAAGCUGCUCAAAGCGCAUAACCUUCUAUACGAGUACCUCACCAGAUGUGCGCCGUUUCCUAUAGACGCUCAGGACCCGGAGCUCGGCAAGUAUGCCAGUCCAAACCUAUCCCCAACCAGCACCCUGGCGCUCGACGUCAGCGGGAAGGCCAGGUUGGGCUUCCACAAACCAAUACAGCACGAGAAACAGAUAACAGCAACAGAGCUGGACGUCUUGGACCUGCCCUUGCUCGUGGUGGAUAAAACUGAGAAUGAGGAGGUGGCGUUCGAGGGUGGCUUCUCCGAUUACGAGGACAACAUCACCCUGGAGGAGUACAAAUCCAGUACAAACAAAAUAGGCAAUGAACUAUCUGAAAUGCUACAGACGGCGGAUGAGAACUUCCUCUUAGAAGUAAAGAAGAAGAAGAAAUUGAAGAAAAAGGAGAAAUUGAAGAAGAAGAAACCUAGUGACUCGAUGGUAAAUGAGCCCACAGUUAAGCCGUCGAUAAGGAAAGCGGUGGAACUGGACCCCACCAAGAUCAGAAUGGUGAUACUCAAUCCCCAGGACCAGAUCAAGCAGAGGGAGGAGGAAAGUAAAGCGGCCUUCAAAUUUCCAUUCCAGUGCAAUCUGUGCUUUAAAGGCUUCAAUUUUGAGUCCAAAUUACAAAAUCACAUGACCAAACACAGUCCGUCUCGCGGGCCGUUCGAGUGCAAGCUGUGCCACAUGUACCUGCCGACGGCGUACAGCUACAGCGUGCACAGUCUCAUACACACGCGCCGCUACGAGUGCCUCAAGUGCUCGCGCCGCAUGACCGACAAGGCCUCCAUCCUCGACCACUACAGGACGCAGCAUGAGGGUCUGCUGACGCUGUUCACGUGUCAGCUGUGUGGAAAGGUAUCCAGCAACUGUAAGACGCACCGAGGCCACAUGCGCAACAACCACGGCGGCGACCGGCCCAAGUGCGAGCAGUGCGGGAAGAGCUUCGUGAAUAAGGACUCGCUCGCUGAACACGUACAAAUACAUCAGGGCAUCAAGAACUACGAGUGCGCGACAUGCGGCAAGCGGUUCCGUACGCGAACGCAGAUCAAGCACCACCAGCUGAAGCACACCGACGUCAAGGAGUUCUACUGCGUGGAGUGCGACACCAGAUUCAAAUCUGCGCACAAUCUACGGCAGCAUCUCCUGAAGAGUUUAAAACAUAAAGACAAACAAAGUCUCAAGUUCGCGUGCGGGCGCGCGGGCUGCGCGCGGCGGUUCGCGUGCGCGCGCGCGGCGGCGGCGCACGCGCGCGUGGCGCACUAGUUAGGAUAGAUAUAG